GCGGAGCAGCGCGCACCGCCAGCCCUGCGGGGGAGGCCGCCAUGGCGGGCGGGCGCUGAGGCGGGGGCGCGGAGCGGCGCGGAGCCCGGCGGAGCCGAGCGGGGCGGGGCGCGGCCGGGCCCGGCCGGCCGGCCGGGGGAGCGGCGGGCCGGGGCCAUGCCAUGCCCGUAGGGGAGAGAUGCCUUUUGGAAAUGGAGACACUGGAUCACAGCGCAAACAUGGCGUCCCCGUGGCGCGGCUGCCGCUCUCGGGCUGGUGCCUGCUCUGCUCCCUGCUGUGCGGGGGGCUGGCGGCCGCCCGGGCCGCCCCGACCCCCGCCUGCCAGCCCUGCGCCGCCGACUGUACCUGCACCGGCCCCGCCUGCCUCGUCAACUGCUCUGCCCGCGGGAUGGAGCGCCCGGGGACCGGCAUCCCCGCCGCCGCCACCGAGCUGGAUCUUUCCCAUAACAAGAUUGGUAUUUUAGAUGCUCAGAUGUUGGAAAGCCUGACUUCUCUGGCAAAACUAGAUAUAAGCCACAACAAGAUUUCUACAUUAGAAGAUGGACUAUUUGAUAAUUUAUUUAAUUUAAGUGAAAUAAACUUAAGUUGGAACCCGUUUGUUUGUGACUGCAAGCUUUCCUGGCUGCCCCGCUGGGUGGAAGACAGGAAAGUGAGGGUUGCUGCGGCGUCGGACACGCGGUGUGCCCACCCCCCCGGGGUGGCAAACCUCUCCCUCUUCGAGGUCUCCUUCCUCAAUGCUACUUGUGGAGCUCAAUACAUAACGUGUCUGACAAGCAACCACACCAAAGGGGCAGAACUUGUCAUCCUCUUCACGUCUGUUCACCCUGGGAACCUCUCCGAGGAGACCUGCAGUGCCCUCUGUUAUGCUGAAGACCAGGAAUAUGGAGGUUUCAGCCCCCAGGGGCAGUGUCUGUGUGGUGCUGCCCACGAAACAAACUCUUCCUCUGGUUGCUUGCCAUUUUGCACUGAGCAUUUGUCCGGGCAGGCCUGUGGUGGCCCAUCACUUGUCCCCUCUCCCUUCCAGGCACAGUUGCCCGUGUCUUUCACAGGACUCCAGCCCCGGUACAGCCUCCACCAGGCUGUGCUCUUCAAUGUCAGUAUUCCCAUUGCAGUCAGCACUUUACUGUGGGAAUUUGGGGACCAGACAGAGGUUCUCAACAGCACUGGAAAUGCAGCUGUCCACAUGUAUGCCUUACCUGGGCAGUACAAUGUCACUGCCACCAUCUUUGUGGGCACCAAGGUCUUAAAUGUACAGGCAGAAAUUGAGGUGGUGGCUCCACCCCAACAGUUAGAACUGCAGUGUCCUUCCUUGGUCAAGACAAAUGAGAGUCUGGACAUACAGAUCCGCAACAGAGGUGGCACUGGCCUGGCAGUGUCCUACGGUGUCACCACGGAGGCUGGAGAGCUGGGCAGGGCAGUUCACCCCAUGUGUCCUCCUGAUGGCUUGGUUUUCCCGGGCAAUAACCACUGCUACCAGCUGGUGGUGGAGAAGGCUGAGUGGCUGGAGGCCCAGCAGCACUGCAAGGACCAUGGCAGUGGAGAUCUGGCUUUUGUGAGCAGCCCUGAAAUCCAGAGCUUCUUGGUCGCUCAUGUCAUCAGGAGCCUCGAUGUCUGGAUUGGAUUCAAUGAUUUUGCAAGCACUGGAGCACAGCAGAGAGGCGAAGGAUUUAAUCUGGAGAGCUGUCAGAACUGGCUGCCAGGAGAACCCCAUCCCUCCAACGCUGACCACUGUGUCCGGAUGGGCCCAACAGGCCAGUGCAACACAGACCUGUGCAUGGCCAAGCACAGCUAUGUCUGCGAGUACAAGCCAGAAGGAGUUCUCUUAAAUGCUGAAAACUUCUUUGUGGGUGACCCUAUGUUUGACACACACGAGGCUGUGAGGAGCGUGACAGAAGAUGUGCUGUCAGCUCCCUGGCAAGCUGUGGAGGUGAUGGUGUUCCCUGAGCUGGCGUUCAGGAACGAGGGAUAUUUGACUGCCCUGGAGUUUGUGACACAGGAUCUGCAUCAGCCUGUUCAAGUGAGGUUCCAGGUGCAUAGACCAAUAGAUGGAGAAGAUUACCAGGAGGGAGAAAAUACUACAGAACCCUUUCCCACUGCUCAGGAUGAUGGGAACUGGACUCUAUUUGAAUGUCCUCCUGGUUUCCAGUGGUGUCAUUUGACUAAUUUGUGCUCAUCACUUAACAACUGCUGCAACACGACCGAGUGUGCCAACAGUUCUCUUGCCAGCAGCCCUGCCCCUGCCUCCCUUCAGCACGAUGGAAGCCAGCUCAGCUACGAACUCCUCAAGGAAUUUCUCUUCACAAUACCAGCUGGCCCUUCUUCCCAGUAUCUGGUCACAUUCAGAAAAGAAAGUAUUUUUGUCAGGGCCAAGGACAUCUUCAGUAUCCAGCACGAUGCAGGCUUGGGCUCCCUCCUCCAGUGCCAGCCAAGCACCACAUCCCCUUACAGAACCAACGUCUUCAGCACGAACUCCUCGGAGUGGGCAGGGGGCCUGUCUGGCAGCCCCACUGGUGCCCCCUGGAUGAACAGCACUGUCUGCUCUCUCCGGGUUCACUACGCUGAGGAGCAGCUGGUCCCAGUGAUCAGCCCCUCCAACGCGGGGCUGGAGCACCCAGGUCGCUACACGGUCAGAGCCAGCGUGGACAACGGGGUCUUCAGCACCAACCUGUCCUGCAGUUUCUGGGUGUCUUCCUGGGUGUCAGGGCUGCGUGUCAUCCACCCAGCCCCUCAAGGCAGCAGGGUCUACCUGCCAUCCAACCACACUACCUUGGUGGUCAAACUCUCCUCGGGGGUGAACGCAACAGCCAGCUGGCUGGGAGACAACCACACCUUCCCCUUCCAAGGGUCCUGCCCCGCGGCUGUGGCAGCGCUGACAGCAGAGUGUGCCAGGGAGACCAACGACACCUGGUUUGCAGUGGUGACCCUGGGCGGGCUCAGGGAGGGGCUGAGCACCCACGUGCUUGUUGCAGAGAAUGCCGUGAGCUCCCAGAACAUCACGGUGAUGGUGAAGGUGGAGGAGCCCAUCCGUGGGCUGCGGGCCACCCCGGACCCCGAGAGCAGAGUCCUGCUGAAUACGCGUGUGAGCUACGUCCCUGUGAUGGAAGCUGGGUCAGAUGUGACCUUCCGAUGGACAGUAGAUGAUAAGCCAUCUUUCACUUUUUACAAUGUUGUCUUCAACGUUAUCUACCAAAGCCCAGCUGUGUACAAGCUUUCGCUCACUGCCUCCAACCACGUCAGUAACUUUACGGUCAAUUACAAUGUCACGGUGGAGAUGAUGAAUAAGAUGAAGAACCUGACUGUGGUGGGUGUCCUGCCAGUCCUCCCUCAGAACAGCACCGUGGAGCUGACAGCAAGAGUUCAGGUUGAUUCAGCUGUGGAUGCUCUGUUCCUGUGGGAUUUUGGAGAUGGUGUCCAGGAGACAUACCUGUUCACACCUCCCUACAACAAGUCAUUCCUUGUUCCUGAUCCCAGUGUCCACGAGGUUGUGAUUGAGCACAAUGUUUCACACAUCUAUCAAGAGCCAGGUGAAUACAUCCUGAUGGUUGUUGUGUCAAACCAGUUUGAGAACCUCACCCACUUGACCCCAGUUCAGAUCCACAGUUACCUGAUGGAUGUGAAGAUGGAAGCAGAGGAGGAUGUUUUAGUUGUGAACCGUCCGGUCACCUUCAGAGCCGAUCCGCUGCCAUCUCCUCAUGGUGUGGUGUACACCUGGGACUUUGGGGAUGGGUCCUCACAGUUCACAGCCAGCCAGCCUACUGUGACCCACAGCUACCCCAGGAGGGGGGUGUACAACAUCACCGUGACAGCCAACAACACUGUCAGCAGCGUGGAGACAGUCGAGUGCUACCAAGUGUUUGAAGAGAUAACUGGGCUCCGUGUUUCUGCAGAGGAGGCAGCAGAGCUGGGGGCCUCUGUGACCCUCAAUGCCUCGGUGCUGACAGGGGACAGCAUCACCUGGAUAUUUGACAUGGGGGACGGGACGGUGCUGAGGAGUCAGGAGCCUGUGGUAGAGCACACGUACGUAAAGGACAUCAACUGCACUGUGAAUGUGACAGCUGUGAAUCCUGUCAACUCCGUCUCCCAAACCGUGCCUGUUCGGAUCUUCGUCCUGGAAGUGCUCAAAAUAGAGCCUGCUUCUUGCAUCCUUGAGCACCCCGACGUGCAGCUCACUGCCUACGUGACGGGGAGUCCUGCUGAAUACAUCUUCGACUGGACUUUUGGAGACGGCUCGUCCAACGUCACCGUCAGUGGGGACCCUGUGGUGAUGCACAACUUCACCCGAAGCGGGACGUUCCCCCUCUCCCUGACUCUCUCCAGCAGGUUUAACAAGGCUCACUACUUCACCAGUGUCUGUGUGGAGCCAGAGAUUGUCAAUGUCACCCUUCUCCCUUCCAAGCAGUUUGUGAGGCUCGGUGAAGAGAGCAGCUUCCAGGUCAGUGCCCUGCCCCUCUACCAGUACCGCUACCGCUGGGAUUUUGGGAACAAUGAGUCCACUAGAUCGAGUGGGACUGAAGUCACCUACACCUACAAGAACACAGGGGUCUUCCUGGUCACGGUGACCGUCUCCAACAAUGUCUCUUUCAACAAUGACACAGCAUUUGUGGAAGUGCAGGAACCAGUUGGGGUAGCAAAGAUUGAAUAUAAUGGGACGGACGUUUUGGAGCUGAACCAGGUCUACCUGUUCUCUGCCAGCAUGAAUGGGACCAAAGUGAGCUACUGCUGGGACUUUGGAGAUGGCACUACGCAGCCUGGGCAAAGUGCUACCCACUCCUACAACAGCACUGGCCAUUAUACCAUUAGUGUGAUGGGCCAGAAUGAUGUGAGCUUUAAUGAGACCACCAUCGACGUCACGGUGAAGUGUCGGCUCCAGGGGCUGACCAUCAAUGCCAGCAGGACCGUGGUGCCAUUGAACGGGUCGGUGAGCUUUGUGGCCACACUUGUGGCUGGCACUGCCACCCGCUACUCGUGGAUCCUCUGUGACCGGUGCACUCCCAUCCAAGGCUCCUCCACCAUUUCCUACACUUUCCGCUCCGUGGGGACAUUCAAUGUCAUCGUGACAGCAGAGAACAAGAUCAGCUCCUUGCAGGACAGCAUCUAUGUCUACGUCCUGGAGCAGGUUGAGGGUCUGCAGGUGGCUAGCAGUGACCUGGUGGAGGGCAUGUAUUUCCCAACCAACAAAACACUCCAUUUGCAGGCAGUGGUGAGAGAGGGAACAAACAUCUCUUACAGCUGGGUGGCCCAAAGGGAUGGCAAUACUGUGCAGACCUUCAUUGGGAAGACCUUCUCCUAUAGUGUCCUAGAAGCUGGAAACUACACUGUCUUUCUGAAAGCCACUAAUAUGCUGGGCUAUGCAACUGCUAACAGGACACUGGAGUUUGUUGAAAGCAUUGGUCUCCUGAAGCCUCAUGCCUUCCCUAACCCAGCUGCUAUUAACGCCUCUGUUAACAUAAGUGCCACGGUAACCAGGGGCACGGGCAUCACCUAUGUUUGGUACCUGGAGGAUGGCUUCUCUCCUGUCACCUCUGAGCCCUUCAUCGUACACUCCUUCCAGAGCCCUGGGGUGAUAGAGGUUGUCAUUGGAGCAGAAAACAAGCUGGAUUCAACCAAUGCAACAAUUUAUAUCUGUGUGGAGGAGGUCAUCGAGGGGCUGAGUAUAGGGACCGCAGAACUGGACUGCAGGUACGUCUCAUCAGGCUCCACAGUGGUCUUUGAGGGGGAGCUGCAGAAAGGGACUGAAGUGGCAUGGCUUUGGGAGGUGCCAAAUGGCACGUUGAGUGGGCAGUCCGUGGCAGUCCUGUUCCCCACCGCGGGGUUUUACACCGUCCAUCUGAACGCCUCGAACGACAUCAGCUGGGCCCUGGCCAGCAGGAAUAUCUCAGUGCUGGACAGGAUUCAAGGACUGGAAGUUCUUGCCAGCAAGAAGGUGGUGGAGCCAGGGGAAAGGGUCACCUUUGUGAUCAGGAUGUUGUCAGGAACCUCUGUGAGUUACUUGGUGAGCAUCAGUGGGGACUACUCUGUGGAGCUCAAUGGCUCCAGGUACACGCACGAGUUCACCAAGAGCGGUGAUUAUUUGGUGACAGUGACAGUGCAGAACCAGAUCAGCAUUGCACAUGCCCAGGUGCUCAUCUCUGUCCUGGAGGCCAUCCACGAUGUCAGGCUCCUGAACUGCUGUGAGGAAGGCAUAGCCACGGGCACAGAGAAGAACUUCAGUGCCCAGGUGGGAAGUGGCUCCCGUGUGUCAUUCUCCUGGCAGUUCUCCCUCUGGAAAGAGCAAGGCCGAUCCGUGGUCACUGUGUCAGGAGAGACUGUUUCCUACACUCCAGAAGCUGCAGGGCUGCUCAAGAUUCACCUCCAUGCCUUCAAUGACUUGGGAGGUGUCAAUAUCACCAGAACCAUCCAAGUCCAAGACCCCAUAGUGCAAGUCUCCCUCAUUGCCUCCAAUGCCUUUGUCAAUAGGACAGCGCUGUUUGAAGCAGCAGUGGUGCCCAGCAGCAGGAGUGUUGAGUUCCUGUGGACUUUUGGGGAUGGCUCUUCCACUCAAAUGACCAGGGUUCCAGUGGCCAACUAUUCUUACCUGAGCCCUGGGGAUUACCUCGUGGAGGUGAAUGCCACCAAUCUCAUCAGCUUCUUCAUAGCCCACCUAACUGUCACUGUCAAAGUCCUGGAGUGCGAGGAGCCGGAGGUGGAGUUGGCCUUGCCCCCUCAGGUCGUCAUGAAACGGUCGCAGAGGAACUACCUGGAGGCACAGAUUGACCUCCGAGGGUGCAUCAAGUACCAGACAGCCCACCUGUGGGAGAUCUACCGAGCACCCAGCUGCAUGUGGAACUUGGAUAACUCCAGCCGGAUCCAUCUGCCAAACGUUGAUGUGAACAGGCCCCAGCUGGUGAUACCAAAGCUUGCCCUGGAAGUUGGGAACUAUUGCUUCAUCUUUAUUGUCUCCUUUGGAGACACCCCACUGUCCAAAAGAAUCUUUGCCAAUGUAACUGUGAUACCGAGUAAGCUGGUCCCCAUCAUUGAUGGGGGGUCAUACCGGGUAUGGUCCAACACUCAGGACUUAAUCUUGGAUGGGGAGAAAUCCUAUGACCCGAACUUGGAUGAUGGUGAACAGACUCCGUUGUUGUACGAAUGGUCUUGUACCUCCUCCUCCAAGAGCUCGGCUGCAGGGUGCUCUCUGAAUUUCAGUGCCAAGGAAGGAAUUGUCACAAUUUCCAAAGCUGUAUUAGAAGCAGAUGUGGAGUACACGUUCGACCUCACCGUCAGGAAGGAGGGUAUGAGCCCCGAGGCAACAAAUCAAACCGUAUUCAUCAAGAGAGGAGGAGUCCCUAUCGUGUCCCUGGAGUGUGUUUCCUGCAAGGCUCAGUCUGUCUAUGAAGUCAGCAAGAGCUCCUAUGUCUACCUGGAGGGGACCUGCCAGAACUGCCACAACGACUCCAAGAUUGGGAGGUGGGCGGCGCACAGCUUCAAAAACAAGACUCUCAUCCUGGACAAAACAACGACCUCCACUGGUGACACAGGCAUGAACCUGGUGCUGAGGCAAGGGGCGCUGCGGGACGGGGAGGGUUACACCUUCACCCUGCACAUCACCGACCUGACCACUGGGGAGGAAGGAUUCGCCUCCAUCGACCUGCUCCCCAACCAGCCACCCGUUGGAGGGUCCUGCCGGCUGUUCCCCAAGGGGCCCCUCAGGGCCCUGAUGGCAAAGGUGCACUUUGAGUGUUCAGGCUGGCGGGACACAGAGGACGCGGCGGCCCCGCUGGUUUACAUCCUGCAGGCCGCCCGGCGCCGCGCCGGCCACCACCACGAGUUCUGCGUCUACAAGGGCAGCCGGGCCGAGCACGGAGCCUUCCUGCCCCCCGGCUUCCAGGAGAGCGGCUUCCUGGUGUCCGUGUCCGUCCUGGUUCAGGACCAGCUGGGAGCCACCGUGGUGGCCGUGAACCGCUCCGUGGAAAUCAGCUUGCCCGAGGGCUUCCCCAGCCUCUCCCACUGGCUCUACAAUCAAACUGACACUGUGCUCCAGGGCUUAGUGAAACAAGCGGACCCUCAGCAGGUCAUUGAGUACUCUCUGGCCCUCAUCACCAUCCUAAAUGAGUACGAGCGCUCCGUGCUUCUGGAACCUGAGACUGGGAAUGAAUUUGAACUCCGGAUCUGGACUCGCAACAACAUCACGGAAACCCUGAACUCUCUGAAGGUGAACACAGUUGAUGACAUCCAGCAGAUCUCUGCUGCCUUGGCCCAGUGCACGGUGGUGAGCAAGGAGCUGGUUUGCAAGUCAUGCCUGACAAGGACUUUGAACAAGCUGGAGACCAUGAUGACCAUUCUGCAAGGGGAAACAACCCAGGGCACUGUGACACCAACUGGGAUUGCUGACAACAUCCUCAACAUCACAGGUGACCUAAUUCAUCUGGUCAAUUCAGCUUCACAAGAACCCAAGCCCCAGGAGCUGCUGGCUGAUUCCCACAACUUGCUGCUAGCUCCCAAAGCCUACAACCUGUCUUCCAGCCUGAUGCGCAUCCUCAUGAAGUCUCGAGUGCUGAAUGAAGAGCCCCUUGAGCUGGUGGGAGGAGAAAUUAAGGCCACGGGCAAGCGGUCUGAUCCCUUCAACUUGCUUUGCUACGAGAACACACCAAACUGCCAGUUCUCCAUCCCCCAGGCAUUCAACACCACCCUUUCCAACCUGACAGAUGUCAUUCAAGUCAUGUUCCAGGUGGACUCCAAUCCUUUCCCUUUUGGUUACAUCAGCAACUACACCGUGUCCACAAAGGUGGCCUCCAUGGAGUUCCAGACACACGCCGGGGUGCAGAUCCCCAUCGGGAGCCUGGACUCGGAGAAAGCCAUCACAGUCAUGGUCUCCAACAGCACAGAUGCUGACAAUCUCACUGCUGGCACUGAAGUCAUUGAGCCAAGAACAUCUGUGAGCCUCAUUGUGACGAUGGAGAGCAACAACAGAGAAGCAGGACUGCACUUCCAGCUCACUUACAGAGUCCUGAACGAUCACUACAUUGCCAGUGAGCCUGAGCCCUUCAUCAUGGCUUAUCUCCAUCACCAGCCAGAGCCCAACGAGCACAACUGUACUGCUGCCAAGAAAAUCAGCCUGGACGCCCUGGCUGGAAGUGACCACAAGCUCUACACCUUCUUCACCUCGCCCAGAACGGAUGACACCAUCCAGACCUACUACAUCAACAUCACAAACCAUUUCAGCUGGUCCCCCGUGGAGGUGACCCUGGGGCUGUACACCUCCCUCUGCCAGUACUUCAGUGAGCAGGAGAGACGCUGGAAGACAGAAGGCAUCAUCCCACUGGAAGAGACCAGGCCAGACCAGGCUGUGUGCUUAACUCAGCACCUCACAGCCUUCGGAGCCAGUCUCUUUGUCCCUCCAAACUCCGUCCAGUUCAUCUCCCCUGCUCCAGGCCCAGGUCUCAACUACAUCGUUCUGCUGACAUGUGCUGUCUGCUUUGUGACCUACUCGGUGGCCGCGCUGAUCGUGCACAAGCUGGACAUGAUCGACAUGAACCGGGUGGGAGUGAUCCCCUUCUGUGGGAAGAACGGGCUGUACAAAUAUGAGAUCCUGGUGAAAACUGGCUGGGGCAGAGGAUCAGGCACCACGGCCCACGUGGGGAUCGCCCUGUAUGGUGUGGACCACAAAAGUGGUCACAGACACCUGGAUGGAGAGAACGCCUUCCACCGCAACAGCCUGGACGUGUUUCAGAUCGCGACGGAGCGGAGCCUGGGCAGCAUCUGGCGCAUCCGCGUCUGGCACGACAAUAAAGGACUCAGCCCAUCUUGGUACCUGCAGCACGUCAUAGUCCGGGACCUACAGAGCAGCAAGAGCUACUUCUUCCUGGUGAAUGACUGGCUGUCGGUGGAGAGCGAAGAGAACGAUGGCUUGGUGGAGAAGGAGGUUUAUGCAGCCAGUGAGACAGAGCUGAGGAGCUUCUCACGGAUCUUCAUAGCGGAGCUGCAGCGAGGCUUCUUUGAGAAGCACGUCUGGCUGUCUCUGUGGGACCACCCGCCUCGCAGCCGCUUCACCCGCGUCCAGAGAGCCACCUGCUGCUCCCUCCUCAUCUUCCUCUUCCUCUGUGCCAACGCCGUGUGGUACGGCGUGGUGGGGAACGUACACCUCAGCAAUGGGGCCGUCUCCAACCUGAUCCCUGUCAAUGUGGACACAGUGGCUGUUGGUCUUGUGUCCAGCGUGGUGGUCUACCCUCUCUACCUGGUCAUUUUAUUUCUCUUCCGGAUGGCUCGUAGCAAGGUCUCCAUCAGCCACACCCUGACUCACUCAGACCAGCAAUCUCUGGAAAUCGACAACUACCUGGACUCCUCAGUCCUCGACAGCUCCUUCCCCACCUUCCCUGGGCUCCGGGCAGAGGCCUUCUCUGAGCAAACCAAAACAGAUCUGUUCUUAGAGGACUCCAAAAGCCUCGUGAGGUGGCCCUCCAGUGAGGCCCUGCUGAGCUGGCCAGACCUCCUCAGCGACCCCUCCAUCAUGGGCAACACCAUCCAGAAGCUCAAGAGGGGCCGGGCCAGUCGCCACCUUGGACUUGAGGCCCCGCUGACAACUGAGGAGGACAGCUUGUCCCUUGGUGUUCACCAGGGACAGCCCCGAUACUUCUCAGCCUCAGAUGAGGAUCUGAUCCGGCAGAUCCUGGCAGAUGGAGCCAGUGGCAUCUCCCACUCCCAGGACCUGGGGCCGUACAUGAGGGCUGAAACAGAUCUGAUCUCGGGCCUGUCCAGCGUGUUCGGGGAGAAGGUGGAGACUGUCAUGAUGCAGAAGCUGAACGACAAAGGCCAGAGCCUGGCAGCUCCCCCCAGGGAAGUAAGCAGAUCAGCCAGGUCCACGUGGACAGUUGCAGACCAAACGUUUAGGAAGCGCUUGCUGCCACCCUGGUGCUCCUACCUGGCUCAUGGUAUCAGUCUCCUCCUCUUCGCCACCUCCACAGGGGUCUCCGUAUGGAUCGGGGUGGGUUUUUCCUCCAGCGUUGCCCUCAUGUGGCUCAUCUCAGGGAUAUUCAGCUUCCUGGCAUCCUUCUUGGUCUGGGAGCCCCUGAAGGUUCUGCUGGAAGCUCUCUAUUUCUCACUGGUUGCCAAGCGCUUGCACCCCGAGGAAGAUGACACCUUGGUGGAGCACCCAUUUGUCGAGCAUGUUUCAGAGAAGAUCAGCAAAGUCCGACCCCCGCAGGGGUUUGCCCUCUUCCAGGCCAAGGAGGAGGCCAGGAAGGUCAAACUGCUACACAGGAUGCUGAAGAAUUUCCUCAUCUACAUGAUGUUCUUGCUGGUGAUCCUGCUCACCAACUAUGGAGAUGCCUCCCGCACCAGCAGGGCCUUCCUCCUGCAGAGCUCCAUCAAGCAGCAGCUGGGCAGCAGCGAGUUCCUCCGCAUCAAGAGGUCGGAUCAGUUCUGGGUGUGGAUGUCCCAGGUUUUCCUGCCAUACCUCUACAACAACCGCUCGGCCCAGGAGAGCUCCAGCACCACGCUGGGCACGGCCCGGCUGCGCCAGCUGCGGCUGCAGGGAGCCGAGUGCCAGCGCAGUGCCCGGGAUGUCCUGAGUGGCCUGGGCUUGGCUGCCAGCAGGAGCUGCUCCCACCCCCACGGCUUCUCUACCGCUGACUGGGCAGCUGGCUGGGGCCAGGCCGGGAACGGGACGGCUGCCUGGACCUACUCACCACCCGACUUGAUGGGGGUCUGGUACUGGGGUUACAUCUCUUUCUACGAUAGCAGCGGUUAUGUCCAGGAGCUGGGGGCUUCUCUGGAGGAAAGCAGGGCUCAGCUGGACUUCCUGCAGCAGCACACUUGGAUCGACAACAUGAGCCGGGCAGUCUUUGUGGAGCUGAUGCAGUACAACCCCAGCGUGGACCUGCACGCUGCCAUCACCCUCCAGCUGGAGUUCCUGGGGGCUGGCCAGGCCAUCACCACCAUCACCAUCAGCCCCUUCCCGCUGCUGCGCCUCAGCGGGGGGGUCACGCUGCAGCUUCUCAUGAUGGUCUUCCUCAUGAUGUUUGUGGUCUACUUCGUGGUGUCUGAGUCACUGUCCAUCAAGAAGGAAGGCAGAGCCUACUUCACCCUGUGGGGCAACUAUGGCCAGUGGGUCUUCAUCCUGCUCACCACAUGCACCGUGGUGGUGCACCUCAGCCAAGCCACCCUUGCUGACCAGCAGUGGCUCAAGUACCUCAACAACCGCAAGGGCUUCACCAACUUCUACCAGGUGGCCUUUCUCAACACCGUCUUCAGCACCUUGGCUGCAUCCCUCCUCUUCCUCCUGACUGUGCAGGCUGCCCGGCAGCUGCGCUUUGUCAGGCAGUGGUCAGUGUUUGGGAAGACCCUUCAGAAGGCUGCGAAGGAGCUGGUGGCUGCAGGACUGGCCUUCGCUCUCCUCAUCCUGGCCUACGCUCAGCUCGGCUUCCUGCUCUUCUCCUCCUCCUCGGAGCCCUUCCGCAGCAUUGGCAGCAGCCUCCUGCAGCUCUUCUGCGUGCUGCGGGGCAGCCUGAGCCUCCAGCCCUGCCUGCCCGAGGCCUCGGGCCUCUACUGCUUGUUCUACACCAGCUACGUCAUCCUGGAGCUGUGGAUCGUGCUGAGGCUCUUCACUGUGGUGCUCAUCUACAGCUACCGGGAGAUGCACUUUGAGCUGUACCGCCCGGCCUUCGAGCCCCAGGACUAUGAGAUGGUGGAGCUCUUCAUGCGCAGGCUGAAGAUGUGGAUGGGCUUCAGCAAAGCCAAGGAGUUCCGGCACAAGGUGAGGUUCGAAGGGAUGGAGCCGCUGCCGUCCCGAGACUCCAGCGACUCCAAGUCCUUCCGAGGCCCCACUCCCAGCGCUGCCUCUGACAGCUCCAGGGCUUCCACCUCCUCCAGCCAGCUGGACGGGCUGAGCCUCGUGCUGAGCACCCGGGACAGCCUGGAAGUGGACGCUGACAUCCAGCGCCUCCUUUCCCUCUUCGAGAUGCUGCUGGCCCAGUUCGACCGGGUCAACCAGGUGACAGAGGACCUGUACCGCAUCGAGCACCAGCUGCAGGGCUCCCAGAGCCGCCGCGCACGCCGGAAGGGCACCCAGGGGGAUGUCCUCAGCAGGUACGGUGCAGGCAGCGCCCAGCAGGGACCCCUCACCGAGAUCUCCUCUGAGACAGCCUUGCAGCCCCCGCGGGACCCCCCGGGGUCCUCCCACUCUCCUGCCGCCCCGCCGGGCAGCAGGGGCUCCGUGCCCAGCCGGCUCCUCCGAGCGAGCAGAGGCCUCAGCGUGGCAGCUUCCGUGCUGCCCCCACACAAACCCUACGUUGCCGGAGCUCCGGCGGUGAAGAAGAAAAGGCCCCUCCGGGCCAAGAACAGGGUGCACCCCACCGUCAAGUAAGAGGCGCCGUGCUGGGAAGUGAUGCCUCGGAGGGCAGCGGGUGCCCGGGAAGGGGUUUGCGAAGGGUGGGCUGUGCCCGCUGUGCAGACCUGGAGCCUCAGGAGCUGCUGCUUCUGAAAGCUCCCAACGCGGCGGCUGUGCCGGCGGGACGCGCCGGGGCGGUGCUGACCUCCCCACGGGGGGUUCCCAGCGUUACGGGGGGGAGAAGGCUGAGCCUUUCCCUCGGGUACGGUCGGUGUGCAGAGAUUCCCUCCCCCCCCACUUAGGGCAGGGCAGUAUUAAAAAGUCGUUUAUUUUUGUUAAAUGGUCCCACCUGCAACCAGCCACCUCUGGUGACUGUCACAAGGACACUUUACCGGGGCGGGCACAGGGUGACGGGUACAAAGCUCACCUCCCUUCCCUGCUGGCUGUGCCGGAUGGAAGGGGAGAGGAGACCCCCCCCAGGCCUUGAAGGUUUGAACUGAGUCUUGGAUUUUUUUGUCGACCAGACACACUGUGGAGGAAAGCUACAGGUUUCGAGAAGUUAUUUAACCCAACUUUUUUUUUUUUUUUUCCUAAAGCAUAAAUAUAUAUCGAUAUAGACAAAUGAUAUCUACACCCAGAUCAGUUAAUUUCCAGUAUUGGCUACUUUUAUCCGCCAGAAAUUGGUACUAUUAUUUGUAUUUAAAGAAGUCCAAUAUUUAAAACAAGUGACAUUGCAAGCUGCAGCGAGCUGCCGGCCCCGCUCCCCGCCGGGCUCGGGGGGGAUGAGGAGCAGCAGCUCAGCCCGAGGGUCCUUGCAGCCCUGGGGCUGCUUCCAGCUGUCCCUGAGCGUGGGGUUGCCGAGGUGCUGGCUUCGCUGCGGACCCCCACCCCCAUCCCCACCCCCCUACACCCCCCAGCACUCAUCGUCCCCCCCCGCCAGGGCCCACGGGCGCCGCUUGGCUUUUCCAACCCAAGGAAUGUAUUGACGUAAGUAUCUCUAUUUGUUUGGUUUACUUGUUUGUAUGUACUGCCCAGCACUUUAAACAACGCUUUCCUCGGCUAGCAAUGACACGUGCGAUCUAACAGGAACGGGAUAAUAUAUCACAAAAGCAGUAUUUUUGUUUGUUUAAAUCAUAAACUGAAAUGAGCAAGCGCUGAGGAAGUGAACGCACCCCCCAGCCCCCCCCAGCACCCCCCAGCCCAGGCAGCCCUGCCUGUCCCCACGGCAUCGACCCCACGAGAAGCACAAAGGUGCUGGGGGAGGCAGGUGAAGCCCCAGGGGGUUGGUGUUUUUUUUGGGGGGGUCCCUCCAGCCCUGGCCCCCUGCAGUGCCCCGGGACUGGCCGUGCUCUGGGUUACAGCUGGCCUGUGCUCGCCGUGCCCGCUGCGCCGUGGGGCACCCCCUAUCCCCCCAGCCUGGGGAGCACCCCCUGCCCCAGCCUAGGGGGUGCUGAGUGGUGGCUGAACCCCCCCUGCCCCCGGGUCCUGCGUUCACUUCCUCGUGGCCGUUGCACAUUAUGUAUAUUGUAAGUAAUUUAUAUGGGGGUUUUGUUUUUUGUUAAAUGUAUAUAUUUUUGUAUGUUUGCUAUAUUUUCAUAGCAUCGGUACCGUGUUUGAAACAUGUAGAUAGGAGACAGAAUACUAUUGUCAGAGUUAUUUAAAGGAUGUAUUAAGUGCUUCUUCCUGGGAAUGUCCCAUGUAUAUAAGGAUUGGGUGUCCGUGUGCGUGUGGUGCAUGUGCUGCGGGGGGCCAGGCUGGUGCUGGGCCAGGGGCUGCAGGCUAAGCAGAGCAGGGCAGGGGAUGGAAGCCCCCCAGAGCAUGAGUUGGUGUGUCCCCAGAACCUGCUCCACACUUAGGAAAUGCCAGAGGCUUGGAGGGAAUCCUGAAGCAGCCAGACCAGGCAGGCAGUGCUGCAGGGGAGGGUGCCGUGCACUGGGCUGUGUCCUGCUGCUGGUGGCCCUGGAAGCUUCUUUCCUGUGUCGCUGGCAGGGGAGACCCUUCCAGGCAGAGAGGGCUCUGCUCAGACACUGCCAUUCCUAAUCCUAUCACCUCCUGCUCCCAGCACUCCUGCCAUGCUGUGUUCUGCCCACAUGCUUCCUUGGCUCCAGGUGCCUGCCCAUGUCCCUUAUGGGAUGGAAGGAGGACGCAGGGAUGCUCUUGGGGAUGGCUUUGGGACUGGUGUAAGUUACCUUUGAGGACCUCGGUAGGAAGGAAAGGUUGCAGAAGGAUGAGGCAGGAGAAAAGAAGUGUGCUGUAGUCUGAUGAUCAUUAACAGUGAGGAGGUGGUAGGUCACCAGAGGGUGUUGGAAGGGCAGGUUGCACAGAGUGUGAAGUUGUGUAGAGAGAGGAGACAACUGCUACUGGUAACCACAAAGCUUUUGUACUGGGAAGAGGCAGGCGGCAGUGAGGCCGGAGCAGUGCCUGUAGCUCAGCAGGGGUGGGUGGAGAUGGGGACUCCAACUCGGUGGCAGCAGGUGCCUGGAGCAGAGAGAACCAGCAGCAAGGUGUGAGUCCAGGGCUGGGCCCAGUGAGCUUUGUGCAGGGUGCAGAAGGGGUUGGUUACUCCUUUUACAAACAGCUCCAUCAUCCCCAGAACUCUUCUGGUAUCUCAAACUGGUUUUUCAAGCCAAAGAUUUUAAACUAUGUGCCUGCUUUUUUUUUGGUUCCUUUUACCAACCCAAGCAGCACAGCCCCCAGGCUCAGCUCUGGUAGGUGCCCGUGACUUUCUUUUGAUGACAGGUGCCAAAGUGCCUGUCCCAGACACCCGAGGCAGUAAAACCAGGAGCCCUGGGCUGUGGCCCUGGGCUCACCCCUGCAGGCACAUCCUGCUGCCCAGUGCUCUUGGGUGUGUCCUCCCAGGGGCUGGGAAGGAUGUGGUGCUAAAGCAAAAUCCUGUUGGGUGAAACUUGGGACCUCUGUUCUGCUUCUGUCCUCAAAGGCAAAGUUCUGGCUCUGUGGCUCUGCCUCAAAGGGGAAGGUGCUGGAGAAGGAUUCAGUUGCAUGAACAGCCACUACUUGCAAAAAACACAAGGAAGCUGCUCAGCUUCCAACACUGCUGCCUCAGCAUGCAGGAAUUCUUUUUCUGGCCAGCAGCAAGAUGGAAGGAGUCAGAUUAGGGCAGGAAAGCUCUUGCUGACAGGUGCUGCUGGGUGGACCACCAGCUCCUACUGGCUUUUGGAGCCUGACAGGGGAGCUCGCCUAAGCACAACUGCCCUAACAGCUUCUUUGAGCCUCCAGCCCUGCCCUGGCUGCAGCGCGUUCCCCCUGGAGCACCAUGUGUAGAUCCAGCCAUCCCUGAGGGCCACGUCAGAACCUACAGUGAGUAAAGUGACCCAAGCAGGUCUUGGAAAUGUCUUACAUCUUCACAAGCCAAAAGUUUCAGUUCAGUUCCCAGCCCCUCCCCAGGACUCAUUUAGAAGAGUUUGUUAAUAGGAGUUAAGGGCAGGAAGGAGCCAGGGGAGAAGUGGGGGGCCAAGGGGGCCCUGAGUGCUCAGCACAGCCUGUAAUAAGCUAAGGGAGGAGAGAGGAUGCUCCCCAGGGAAGGGUCAGGAGUUUUGUUCCCAGUGCCUGUUCCUUGCCAAGCCUGCUCUGCGUGUGAGUGUGACGAUGCGUGUGACUACCCAAGUGCUUCUUCUAAUCAAAGAGGAGCAGAACCAGGAUCAGACAACUGCCAUGCUUCUUUCCUUCACUUGAAGUAUGGAGAGCAACUCUGGAACCCCCAAGUUGUAUUUUGAAAAGCCAAACACCUCCACCGGGGCCCAGCUUUCAAGCAACCUUAGUUCUCAGCACAGCAUUGAUUUGUACCAAGUACAGCAGCACUCACAUGGUUCCUGCACUGUCCCAGCUGAGGUACCAUGCAGACAUGCCCUCAGCUGCAGGCACCAGGCAAGGAGUUACACCCUCUGCAGCAAGAAACUUGCCUUGCAGCCCUUGCCAAUAACUGCUCCUGAAUGUAUGUUUCUGUGUUUGUAGUCACCAAGAGAUGGUUUCUUAUUUAUUGUCACAAAGAUGCAACACUAUCAAGCUGCUUAAAUUAAAAACUCUACCCAUUAGUUUAACAAGGGAGGGACUUACCUAAGUGCUUUUUUUUUCAUAGCAAAAGAUCAGAUGAUUGUGACCAAUAUGCCAACUGUUACUGCCUGGUCAGCAUUUCAUUGCAAACAAAAAUACCGUAUUUUGUAACUGUGGGGAUGUUUCUUAAAAAAAUGACAAGGUCAAAAUAAAAGCUGACUGCUACCA